AUGUCUCCUGGCAGAACUCUCCUCGUGCUUGGCUCUGGGCCUGGUAUUGGCCGGUCGGUGGCCACGCUGUUUGCCUCGAAGCGGUACAACAAUGUGGUCUUGAUUGCCAGACGCGCCGAGCAACUCGAAGAAGAGAAAAAAGCCGUCCUGAACACUGUCAGCAGCCAGAUAAAUGUUAGGACAUACGCGGUCGAUGUCACACACACGCACUCCCUCCUCCAAGCACUCGACGACGCCGAUGCCGCCUUUGGCAAACCUGACGUGGUGUUUUACAACGCCGCUCGUGUUCUCCCAUCGGCGCUAUUGACCCAUCCCGUCGAGGAUGUCGAGUACGACUUCAAGAUCAAUGUCAGCGCUCUGUACAUUGUCUCACAGCGGUAUAUACCACACCUUGUGUCGCUGGCCAAAGCGGGUACUUCAAGCCGGCCUGCGCUCAUCGUGACGAGCUCUGCCCUGCCGCAUCACCCAAUCCCUCAGCUCUUCAACCUGUCCUUGGUCAAGGCCGCUCAGAGGAAUCUUGUGCAAAGCUUGAAUCUGUCGUAUACACCCGAGGGCGUGCAUAUUGGUGUGAUCAACGUUGCUGGUCAGGUUGCACCGGAGGACGAAGUGAGAAAUCCGACUCGCAUCGCGGCCAAGACCUGGGAGUGGUUUCAGGGAGCAAAGGACAAGCCAAAUUUUGAAGUCAUGAUUUAG